AUGCUAUUAUCCGGGCCAGGUACAGAGAUUAUUCACAACAUUAUGCAAAACUUCUGCCGACUUAACCAGUUUCGUGGCAGCCGGUGCGGAGGGCUGCCGGCGAACUUACUCGAACUACUUGCACGGUUCAGAUAUUCAGCUUGCGGUGACCCUCGUGAUGAAGUUUUUGCGCCGGUAUGUCUUGCGAGCGAAGAAGCAAUGGACUUUAUUAGUCCUGGCUAUCGCCAGCAAUCUCUGAGAAUUGUGAACGAGCUCCUUGACAUAUCCAUCAUCCCAGGAGAGACGUUGGCCACGUCAUUCUUUAGAACCCAAGUAGCUGACAUCCGACAUGACGCCUAUAGCAUAGUUCGUGGUAGAUACAACGCCACAGAUUGGACAGAGAUUAUGAGCGAACAUUCUAAGCUCUCAGAUGUCGACUGGCAUGCCCAAGCUGGAGAAAGCAUCUCAUUGAACAGGACUAAUCAGGUACGAAAGUUGCGUCGGACUAGCAAGAAUACAAUUGCUUUGGUUCCUUGCCCUGCUCCAACCGGCGAUGAAAUAUUUGCACUCUUGGGGAGCCAAGUUCUUUAUGUCUUGCGGCGUCGUGGGAACCGCGGUCGCCGGUAUGAAUUUAUUGGGGAAUGCUAUGUGCACGGAAUGAUGGAUGGCGAGGCCGUGCCCAACUCCCUAGUCAUCCAUGACGUAUGUCUAGUCUAG